AUGGCACAUCCAAUUGUGAAUUUGGCAGAGAACAUUUCGAACAUACAAACCUAUGGGCUUGUCGAAAAUUGGACUGAGGAGCAAGAAAUAUGCGAAUACGAAAAGACUCCUUAUAUAGAAGAAAAGUUUUACCUCAUCGCCGUUUUUGGUUCCUUCAUCAUGUUGUUUGGCAUCGUUACAAAUUCUAUACUUUUAACCGUACUUCUCAAGAAGAAGCUUCGAGAGACGUAUCUCAUUUACUUGGCUGCUCUAAGCGUAUCGGAUAUCGGCUUGUUGAUCGCCUAUUUUAUGGUCUUCUCAGUGCAGAUAAUGUACGACUACUUCGAAUUAUUACCUCUUUAUUUCGCGUGGCUCUACUACAUCCCGUACUUCUACGCAUUCAGCAGAAUCAUGCCCUUGGCUUCGUCUUACCUUACGGUUGUAUGUUCUGCCGAGAGAUUUCUGGAAGUGAUACAAGUUCGAUACCAGAUUAAAAUAAUCAAAGUCAACCAACGUAGGAGAUACUACGUUAUUUGCGCCAUUUUGGUAUUCAGCUUCUUUUUCCGCAUAAUUAGCAUAUGGGAUCUAGAACUAGAAUACAGGUCUAACUGUACAGGAUUUGAGUCGAUGGGACUAACUCUAACCUCGUUAGCCAGAAAUAACUCCUACAAGCAAAUUUAUCAGCUAUGGACCGUUCAGACAGUGCAAAUCUUCUUCCCGUUUGUGAUACUGGUAGUGAUGAAUGCGCUGACGUCCAUGGAAUGGCGAAGAAUGACACAAGAAGAAAGACGCUUGAGCGCUAGCGAACGCUCAUCUCGCAUGCGAGUCAGCUGUCGCAGUGCUCGUCAGAUGAUGAUCGCCAUUGUGACAACAUACUUAAUAAGUAAUGCGCUGAAUGUGGUGAUUACCCUCUGGGAACAUGCUGACAGGCAGUUUCUGCUUGAUCACAUUGAGUUUUACACGUACGCCACAGAUUGUGUCAGCUUGCUUGUCGUGCUUAAUUCGUCUCUACGUCUGCCGAUAUAUUACUUCAGCAACUGGAGAAUUCGCGAACAGCUGAACAAGAUGUACAGGCGGAUAUGCUGCUGCAAAUCGUCUCGCAAUAGAAUAUUGUACAAAAAAGUUCUGCUCAAAAAGUGA